GUGCUGCCUUUCAUCUAUCGUGCCAUUGGUUCAAAGCAUCUUCCUGCCAGUAACAUCAGUUUUAUUCAUCUUGAUUCCCAUCCAGACCUUCUUAUUCCUGUGAAUAUGCCUGCAGACACUGUAUUUGACAAAGAAGCUCUUUUUAGUGAAUUAAGUAUUGAAAACUGGAUUAUGCCUGCUGUUUAUGCUGGCCAUAUUUCUCAAGUAGUAUGGCUUCAUCCACCCUGGGCUCAGCAGAUCUCAGAAGGAAAACACGAUUUUUUAGUUGGGAAAGACAUAUCAACGACGACAAUCAGGGUUACAGGCACAGAUCAUUACUUUUUAAGUGAUGGUCUUUAUGUUCCUACUGAUCAGCUGGAAAACCAGAAGCCUUUAAAUUUACAUGUCAUUCUCAUCAAUCCUACUGAAUCGUCGAACAGCCACGAAGGAAAUGGUGAAGUCACAGCUGCUAAAAGACUGAAGCUAAAUACAGAUGUGACAGAAAGCACAACUUCUGGUUCUUCAUCAGUGGCUCUUGGUGACCUUGAUCACAGCACCCCAAGUGUGAAGAAAAAGGAAUUACAAAAUACAAGUGUCCUGAACAAGGCAGAAACCUUGUCAGAGUGCUCAGCUUCAAGCUGUCCCAGAAACAGUGAAUGCCCAAUAAGGGAAAUUGCUAAAGAUAUCUGCCAAAUACUGCAGAAAGGGGAUGCAUAUGUUUUGGACAUUGACUUAGAUUUUUUUUCAGUUAAAAAUCCGUUCAAAGAAAUGUACACACAGACAGAAUAUAAGCUUUUGCAAGAGUUGUACAAUUUCAAGAAGCCUCAUGAAAAUGCAACAGAGGAAGGCUUGGUGGAUUGUGUUGAAAACCGUGUUCAUCAGCUAGAAGAUCUGGAAGCAGCAUUUGCGGAUCUGUGUGACACUGAUGAUGAAGAAACCCUACAGAAAUGGGCUUCAUAUCCUGGAAUGCAGCCACUUGUUCAACUAGUUCACAGCUUGAAAACUAGGAUGGAAAGCCCAGAUUACGAAAUGGUCCAUCAGGCUGGUCUGACCUGUGAUUAUGUGGAGCUUCCUCACCAUGUUAGCACCGAAGAGGAGAUCGAAGGCCUCAUACAAUCCAUUAAAGUUCUACUAAAAGAUAUGCCAAAGCCCACACUUGUGACAGUUGCUCGAUCAAGUUUGGAUGACUACUGCCCUUCAGAGCAGGUUGACAUCAUUCAAGAGAAGGUUCUCAAUUUACUCCGUUCAGUGUACGGCCCUCUGGAUGUGCAUUUAGAUUACUCAAGCACUUCAUCUUUGUGACAUUUCUUCAUGUAUUGUCAUCUAAUGCAGUGGAUUAAUUUAAAUUGUAUAUUAGCUAUGGUUGCAAGGGGAAAACUACUGUUGAUUCACCAGGUGGCACUAGAACCCAAGCUGACCCAGAGCUAGUUUUGAGUUGCAUUGCUUUCUCCAAGUCAGCUGCAUCUGAACUGUUCAUUACCUGUUUGGCUUUGUUCAGAUUAGUUCUGCGAUUAUUAUUUUUACUGUCUUGCUCCUUAAAAUUGGUGCAAGAGAAACAACUUUUGGUCUAUAAAAUGUUUUCUUUGAUUUCUUUGUGU